AAGUGUUGUAGUCAAAAUUCAACGAAGAUUGAAAUCGGAGUGCGGAGUGUCGCGCUUCCACCAUCUUCCUUCCCCGGUAAGCAUGAAUGACCCAACACAACACAAACACACCCUUCUAUUUGCUUUUGAUUUCUGAGAUGAAUUGAAUUUGGUGUGUUAGGGUUCCACUGUGCCGAUGACUUUUCUUCUCAGAAAGGGAUCGUCAUCUAUUGUGUGCCAUUUUCCCUUCAUGAACCGGGGCAGGCUUUGGUGUUCUUGGAAAAUUUUCUUCCGCCACUGGACUUGACGCUCCGCUUCCGCAUUAGGGUUUCAUCUAUUCACUCUUUAGUGCUUUUUUUUCCCUUUUUUUUUUAUUAUUUUGAAACGCGAUUCUUCUUCCGACGCUGCGAACGAGCUUCUUUCUCUUGGAUUCGGGUGUGGUUUAAGCUGAUAGAUUCUGAAGCUCUUUUUGUAUUUUGGGUUUUUUUCUUUUUUUGUCUCGAUGGCCGAAACGAAAUUGAUUCCAGGGUUUCGGUUUCAUCCCACUGACGUUGAGCUGGUUGAGUACUUUCUGAAGAGGAAGGUGUUGGGUAAAAAGUUCCCUUUUGACAUCAUUGCUGAACUUGAUUUAUACAAGUAUGCUCCAUGGGAUCUUCCAGAUAUGUCUUUGCUCAGAACUGGGGAUUUGGAAUGGUACUUUUUUUGCCCUCGUGGGAAGAAAUAUUCCACUGGAGGGAGGAUGAAUCGGGCUACCGAAGCUGGGUACUGGAAGACUACUGGGAAGGAUAGGUCAAUUGAACACAAGGAUCGAGUUGUGGGGAUGAUAAAAACACUGGUUUUUCACACGGGUAAAGCGCCGAAGGGAGAUCGAACUGAUUGGGUUAUGCAUGAAUUUAGACUUGAAGACAAAUAUCUAGCUGAUAAAGGCAUUCCACAGGACUCCUAUGUGAUUUGUAGGGUAUUCCAAAAGGAGGGUCCUGGUCCAAGGAAUGGUGCACAGUAUGGUAAACCAUUUGAUGAGAAAGACUGGGAUACAGAAGAGGAAAUUGAUAGUGUACAAUCUGUCCCUGUUGCUAAUGUGUCUACUCCAGUUCCUAUUGAUCCUAGCCCAAGUCAAAUAUCCGUUGCAGAUGACAUCCAUCCCUCUACAAGUGGAUGCAUUGGCUUGACCUCUGUAUCAUGUGUAUCAGAAUUGAUGCCCUCUUUCUCGGCACAUCCUUCAGCUUCAAACAAUGAAGUUGAUGAUGACAUUUUAUGUUUGCUUAAUUCUUUCAAUGAUGAUGCAUUGGCUGUGAACGAAAACAACAGAAUUGAGAAGGUUGAUAAUCCUGGUCAGGCUAACAAUGCUGAAGGCACACCAAAUUUUGAUCCAAAUGAGAUUUUUGAGAACUUGGGAGACCUUAACAGCUUGGUUGGAUUAGGUGAAGGCGGUUUUUCCUGUGGCAAGAAUACAAGUGAUAUGCUUUAUAUGGGUGAUGACUUGUGGUUUCACGACCCCCAAGACUUCUUGGAGUUAAUUGACCUAGAUGCGCCAUUGGGCAUGCAGAAUAAACAUGGUAGUUUAAGCCAAGAUAAGCAAGGUUAGAAAACUGAAAGAAGUUUCACAGAAAAUUGAUAGAACUGUAGCAACAAGUACCUAACUUGGAUUAGAAAAAGCUAUAGAUUCUCUUUUAUGUUCCAAUUAAAAAUUAUCGUGGCUCGAAUUGACUAUUUGAAUAUAUAUUUCUGUAAUAAGUUAACAUGAUAUCAACUGAUAAGAAUGUUGAAAGCUAGGUUCCUGUAAUUCGUUGGAUUAAGUUUUACUUUGUUUG